AUGUUGGCAAUUGCUGCAAUCAUUUAUCAACGUCAAAGUAAACAUGAAGACAGUGUAAGUGACCAGGAGAAGCUUGAAAAGAUUCUCAAUGCCCUUCUCAAGAUUGAAAGAAAGAACCCACUAGAGGGAUCCCCUCGGGCUGCAAUAGGAUAUGGAGGCUGCCUGGAUGUGUUGGUGAAUGCCACUGAUAUCCUGAAAUGUGAUACAUGGGACUGGGAUCAUGUCAAGCCAUCUCAUCAUGACACCAUCAGAAGUUACCUUGAGUUUCAAGAGACAUUUGUUUAUUUCUUUCAGCAUGGAGCUGCUGCAGAGAGGUAUAUAUCAAGCAAAGAGGUGUGGCAUUCCCUGACCAAGGCUAGUCAGAAAAUCAAUUCUCGAAGAGAAGGCGUAGGAGGAAAUGCUCCCCUGAUGAGUCUCCGGUUUGCUCAUGAGGGAUGGCAGGUCCUUCUUGGUGCUAUGAUGAGUCCAAGGCUUGUUGAACUUCUUCACCAAAACAUUUCUUUUGCAGGAAGUUCCACCCCUGAGGAUGACCUUCACCUCAUUCUAGAGUACCCAUUGGGAGCCAAAUGUGGACCCUAUGAGGCUCCCAGAGCUAAUAGGUUUAUUGUCCACAGUGAUGAAAACAAUCCCAAAGUGUCUGCAUUGACACCUUUUGGAGAGGCCUUGAGGACCUAUAAUCCUCAUCUGUUGAUUGUGUCUGGCCUUCAGAUGAUGGAUAAUUUCCCUCUUCAAGAUGAGGAGAAAAGGGGUAUCCUGAAGUCCAUUAGUUACCAGAUGCAAUCAAUGGGACCUGACACACAGAUCCAUUUUGAGAUGGCUUCAUUCACAGAGAAGGAAUUUCUUGAAGAUCUCAUCAAAUACAUCAUUCCCCAUGCUGAUUCCCUUGGUAUGAAUGAGCAGGAACUCCCCAAUCUUUUUUCCAUGUUGACCUAUGGGAAUGUCAGCAUUCUCUCCAGCUCUAAUCCACGAGUUGCCACCACGCUGGACUACAUGAGACGUGUUUUCAGCAUGCUGAGCAAUAGUACUGGGCGUCCAAUCACACGUCUGCAUGUCCAUACUUUGGCAUAUCAGGCCAUUGUCACCAAAAAGGGCAGUUCCUGGAAAAAUACUAUGCCAGCCACAGCCAAGGCAUCACUCACUGCCAACCGGCAUGUAUGCGGCUCCAGCAAUGUUAAUCUGGAGAAAGCCCGGCUCAUCAUGGAUGAUUCCUUUUCUACAAGUCAGGUUCAGCAAGAACGCAUCUGGUUCAAUGAGAGAAAACCUGUCUCUUGCUGGGAAGAGGGAAACUUGGACUUCUGCAUUGCACCUGUUCUUGUUUGCACUGAAGUCCAUCAGACAGUGGGGGGUGGGGAUAACAUAUCUGCAGGUGGACUCAUUCUUCAGGUUUAGCUGGCUGCUUGCUCACUUCCCAGGCUUCUCAGGAAAUCAUCCCUGGGGAAAAUAUUUUUAUUUAUGAUGGUCUCUUUGUUUGAUCUUUGUGUGAUGUUACAUUUCUAUGCAUUUGAAGGAACUUCACAAAUCAAAAAUCAACCCAAUUGAAUCUUCCUUCUUUCAGUCAGAAAAUUAGAAUUUGCUGUCUUUUUCACUGAGAAAUUUCUCAAAGUAGUUAGAAGCAGUGUGGCUAGUUUUACAGAAGGCAUGCUAUUGUGUGUGUUUAAAAAUUUUUUUUUUUUCAGCUAGGCUUAAGUGUGGAAUGUCUAAAAAUCUGCCACAGCUAGGUAGCUUCUGAGAUUGUGAUUGACUGCCAUGGAAGUCCUUUGUUAAUAGGUGUUCCAGGAUGAUAUUCACAUUUUUUUCUUACAAAAGUCCCAAUAACAACUGUGAUGCAAGUCCUAUUCAUUCAUCACAUAUUUCACAACAAAAAACUUUCCUGAGUGUUUUGGAGUUUCUUGGAGUGUUUUGGUGUGCAUCAACUGAGGGGUGAGUGAAACAGGGUUAUAACCUCAAAGGCUUUGGAUGUAUGUAUAUGUAUCCCUGCCUUCUCCAAAUAACAAUCUAAACCUCACAUUUGAAUCAAAAUAAGUUUCUCCAAGAGUUUAAUUCUAUCCAUUUCAGUCUCAAGGCCUUUAUUCAAAUUAUCUGAAUGAGAGGGAUGGCAGAGAAAUAAUUGAGAUUGAUGAGGGAAUUUUAACAUCAAUUCACUCUUAGUUCCUAUAUGCACUGAAGAGAAAAACUGAGACAGUUGCAUCUAUGGUUAUCUAGAAUAUGCAUCAGACCUAAUAGCCACUUGCACUUCUAAAAUACUAUCUGAUAUGAAAAUUUCACAUCUUUCCCAUUGCAGAAAAUGUCCCUUACCAUGCCUCACAGACUUUCAUACCAGCUGCAAAUUGCUGCACACUUAAAGCAAAAUACUUUGUCUUUCAAAAUGAUCAGUUUGUAUUGCAUGCCUUGUACUCCUGCCAACUCAUCAAAGGAAGGGUUGAAAGAUCAUCCAACACAUACUAAUCAUUUUUAGGCAUGUGCAAAGCAUUUUGUUGUUAGUGCCUAGCUUUCUGUCAAGCAUACAAAUCUCAGAGAAAUACUGUACAUUUACCUCUGCAUGAGAUGCAGAAGUAAUUGCCUUUAACCCUUUGACAAGUAUGCCUGUAUAUAUAUAUGGGCUGACAUCCUCCUGCCCUCCAUGUAUUCACUACGUGUGAUCUUGGCAUAAAAAAAACUCACUCCUCAAAGGGUUAAAGGGUCAAUGCAGUUAGUGGGAUUAGAUCCUUUUCAAUGUUGUGCAUUUUUGUGGCUAGAUUUUCAUAUGUGGGAAGGCCAGAUUCCAACAACUGCUUCCAUAGAUGUUCUUCCCUCUUACUUUCAGUUCUUUCAUCCACAAUCUAGGUUUGAAUCAUACUUUGUCACUAUUAAUCAAAGAAUGCUAACCUGCAACUCUGUAUUGUCUAAAGGAAUGCGAAAAGUUCUAGUUUGAAAUAGAGUGGGGGGUGGGGAGGUCCAGGGACCAGCCCCCCUCCCCCAUCCAUUCUCCAACUCUGCCAUCUCUUAAUAAUCCUCUAUUGAUUUUAGCAUAUUUUUUAAAUUCUUUGUUGCUGCUACUGUCUUCUCAAAAUGAGCAGGUAUGUCAAGAUUCUCAUUUCCCUUUGAUUAUACUCAAGUAUAAGUGAUAUUUCUGAAUUGUCCUGAUGAUUUGAAGAAAUAUGGUCCAUGUGAAGUGAUAUGAAAGUUGGACAUUCCCCUUUUCCAUUUAUCCCCUCCAUUCUUAUUACUUAAAUGGGAUGUUCUGUGAUAGGGAGCUGCAAUUUCCUGCCUUCUCCAAUCCCCAUUUGCUCUGAUAUUGUCGGUUAGGGGUUUUUUUUUGGACAGUAUCCAAUUCUUUUGUGAUUACAAUAAGAAAAUUUGGCAUUCAUUCCAUGCUGCUUAGUUUAAUACUGUCUUUCAUGGUAAGCCUUUCAAUAAAUU